UAUUAUUCAGAAGAGAUGCUUGAACAAGAUUUUUUAAAUCCCAAAGAAAAAUAUCCUCCUAAAGCAGAGAGUCCAGUCCCUGAACCCUCAAGGAAUUCAACAGGUCCUGAGACUAAUUUUACCCAGAUAAAUGCACCCAGUCCAAGCAAGAGUCAGAGUGGAAAUGAUACCAGCCCAACUGGAAACACUGUGAGCAAUCCUACAGCUCAAAAUGGGACCAUCCCUGCAGUUACCAUUUCAGGCCUGGGAGUGCCAAGAAGUAGAAUUCCAUGGGGAUCAAGUCAGCCAAAUAUUCAUGAAAAUUAUCCAAAUCCUAACAUCCAGAGUUUUCCUGCAGGAAGACAAUGGUGGUCCAUUGGUACCACCAUGAGGCACAGACAGAAUGGGCCUUUUUACCAAAACCAGCAAGUUCAAAGGGUUUCUCAGCAGAACUCUUUUGCUUGGGAAGGCAAACAAGCAGUUCAUUCAGGAAAUCCAAUUUAUCACAAAACUUAUACUUCCACUGUAAGAGACAAUUCUCCCAAUCAUGCAAAAAAUCCAGCAGAUCCAGCCUCAAAUAAUCCUCUGUGGAAACCAAUUGUCCCUCCGGGUCCCCAACAUGGUACUGUUGACCACAAAGAAAACAUCCAAAAUCCAGGACAGAAGCCACUUGGUCAAAAAGAAAGAAUGGUCAUUUCCAGAGAUCCAACUGGCUGCUAGAGAAACUCUCAAGACUAUGGAAUUAAUAAACCAAACUAUAAACUGCCUCACCCUAAGGGUAACAUGCUAGUCCCUAAUUUUAAUUCUGCUGCUGAUCAAAGCAAAAACUCUUAUUAGCCAAGAGGAGAUUCCAGAAAAGCCCCAAAUUCUGAUGAACAAGCUGAAAGCCAGAUUUUGCCCAAAGGAAUUAUCUUAGAGCCAAGAAGAAUCCUGUAUAAAUCAGAAAUUAAUCAUCCAAAAUUUAACCAUAAUACAUACCAGCCUGUAUACCCUGAGGAAAUCCCUUCCCCUGCAAGAGAACAUUUUCUUGUUGGAAGAAAUUGGAACCACCAAGAAACCUCUCCACCUUAUAACGAAGAUCCUGGAAUGCAGGAAGAACACCUACCUCAUCCUUCCCGUGGCUUUAGAGGAAGUGUUUACUACUGUGACUUUAACCUCUAUGAUCCCAAGGAAAAUUCACCAUACCUUAGCAGCAAUUCAUGAGAUGAGAAAGAUGAUUCUCCCAGUACUAAUACCAAAAAUCCAAUGUACCCCACGAAUACUCCAUAUCCAAAAGAGACAGUCCCUUCUAAUGAAGAGGACCCAAUUGAUCCAACUGGAGAUGAACCUUUCCCAGGGCAAAGUAGAUGGAGUACAAAGGAGUCAAGCUUUCCAGAAGAUCCAACAGUUAGGCAUGAAGGUGAGCAAUAUACCUCAAAUCAACCAAAGGAAUACCUUCCCUAUUCCUUAAAUAACCCAUCAAAACCCAGGGAAUAUUUCCCUUAUGGUGGAUUUUACCCCUGGAACCCAGAUGAGAAAUUUCUAUCAUAUAAUACAGUUCCCACCGUAACACCACAUGUGGAGAGCAGGGGCUCUUAUGCUGAUAAUGCUUUUGGACAAGAAGGAAGCACUCUGAUUCCUUUUCUGAACUUCUGGGACCACAGCAUUCAAGCCCAAGGGCAGAAAGAAAGAAGGCUAUAUUUGAACAGAAAUUUCUGGGAUCAACCAACAUAUUUACACAAACACCCUGCUAGUCCACCACACCAGAAAGAGAACCAGCCUUAUUUCAGUAACUCCCAAGCUGAACUUCAGAAAAAUCCAACAUGGCAUGAAGGUAACAAUUUGAAUUAUGGCAUACAAAUUACUAGGUUAAAUUCACCAGAGGGAAAACAUCUGGCUUUCCAAGACUUAAUUCCUCUAAGUUACCCAGUAGGUCAAAAAGAAGCACAUUUAUCUCACCUAAGCUACAGAGGUCGUUGCUAUGCUGGUGGUUCCACUACACACCACUUGCCCAGCGACAAUCCACUUGCUUCACAAGACCACACUUCAUCUUUUGCUCUUGCACCAGGGGAGAACCAAGACACCAGCCCUCUGUACACUGAAGAUACCCAGACUAAGAAUGCAAGACAUACCAUCCCUCAAAGCAUCCUACCUGGCCAAAGGAACAGCUCAGAGAAAAGGCUGCCCAGGGAAAGCCAAAACCCAAGUCUUUUUGGAGAUGAUGUAUCCACUCUGAGGAGGAGCACACCAUGCUCUGUAAAGAGCCAACUGGGCCAAAAGGGAAUUAUGCCCUUUCCCCAAGCCAGCUCCCUUCAAUCAAAGAAUAUACCUUGCCUCAACAGUGAUCUUUGAGGAGACAGGAACAAUGUUUUGGAACAAAUAUUUGAAGGCAUCCAGCUCAAUGAAGGAACUGUUGGCCCUACUCCUGAGCAGCUUGUUAUCAGUACACCUGAUGAAGGCCCCAAGCCAGAAGAAAUCCAAAGUGAAGUGCAAGGAAAUGGUGAAAGGCAACAAAGACCAUCUAGCAUCCUACAGUCACCUUGCUUUGGCUCCAAAUUGGGAAAGUAUCACUCCUCCAGCACUGGAACUCCAUCUAGUGUUGGAAGGCUAGGCCCAUUUGAAGGGGAUCCAAUUAUGCCUACUGAAAUUCCUAACUCAUUGGCUGGGUUAACUACUGGGGCACAAUUUCAGAGUAUAAAUGUAGACUUACUUAAUGCAGAUGAAAACACUGCUUUUGAUCCCCUUCAAAUGGGGACCAAUCCACAGGACCAGACACAAGAAUGCUUACUACUUCAGGUGUAGGGACUUUGUCAACCAAGCAUUCUUUGGGGAAGAAAAAUACCUGAUACUCUACAGUGGUUCCCAAACUUUCCUAUCCCCAAGACUUG